CACACACAGACAGGAGCUUCAGCAGAAGGGAAGGAGGGCCGGACACUCAGUACAAUGUUUCACAUGAAACCUCUGAGAUGAUUUGUGCUGGAUUUUAUUUAUUUUAUUUUUUAUCCACCUGCAAAGAUCGGGCCUCCUAACAGCUCCUGGUCUGAUCUAAAUGAACUUGUGGAGAAUGCAACAAGGCAGAUGGAUGUUUAAACUCUCACUGAAACUGCAAAUAACCUGGGAAGUGGUUACUGGAUAAAUAAGGCGGUCACGAACAGUCAUGGGAUGUGGCGUCUCAAAGUCCAGCCAGUUCAACAAAAACUCCAGGAAAGCCGUCACAACCAUCAGAGCUGCCAUCCUGAUCCAGCGAUGGUACCGUCAGUACGUCGCCCGCACAGAGAUGAGGCGGAGAUACACCUGGCACAUCUUCCAGUCCAUCGAAUACUCCGGACAACAGGCCCAGAUCAAGCUUUAUAAUUUCCUCGGCUAUCUCAUGGACAACUUCACACCGUCCAGCACUGAACGAAACCUGAUCUCGCACAUAUUCAGAGAACACGAGGUGUGUCUGGACGCAGAAUGGGAGCGGUACUUCUGCUACCAGACCAUCGAGGUGCCAGAGGUUUACACUGGACCACAUCUCACCUUCCCYCUGACGGUGGAGCAGGCGGUCGGCCUGUUGGAGGCCUUCAGGAACAAGAAACAGCUGCACUCGCGCUACGUCCUCCAGCUGCUCCUGGAGACGUGGAAGCUGCUCCGGAUGUUUCCCAACAUAAACCGCAUCUCCACCUGCCAAAGCAAAGUGAUCACCAUCUGUGGUGAUUUGCACGGACAGCUGGAGGAUCUGCUGCUGAUCUUUUACAAGAAUGGCGUCCCGUCUCUGGAGAGGCCAUACGUGUUCAACGGAGACUUUGUGGACCGGGGCAAGGACUCCAUCGAGAUCCUCCUCAUCCUCUUCUCCUUCCUGCUCGUCUAUCCGUGCGACGUCUACCUGAACAGAGGAAACCACGAGGAUACAUCUCAGCGCUGAGGCCUCCAAAGAGGAGGAACAACAGCUCGGCGGGGGUGUCCAUUGACACGGAUCUGGAGGAGGACGUUUGGAGCACCAGCAGGAUCUACCAGCGUCGAAACUCCCUCUCGUUUCCCAAACCCCUGGGGCCGCGCGACUGCUUCCACAACCGCUCGCUGCAGGACUUCUCCGGCCGCAUCAAGGUGAAGAUGGAGGACGAGCUGGAGAGCAGGAGGAGGAGAGAGUCCCUGUUCCAAACGGCAGUCAACAGGUCGGAGAAAGACCUGCUGUCCCCGUCCACGUCCACGGACUCCACGAGCAGCGACAACGCCAAGGAGGAGUGGAGGCUGAUCCUGGACCUGCUGUGGAGCGACCCCAUGAACCAGGAUGGCUGCGUACCCAACGAGGUGAGGGGUGGGGGUUGCUACUGGGGUCCCGACGUCACUGAGGAGUUCCUGAACCGACACAACAUGCAGCUCAUCAUCCGUUCCCACGAGUGCAAACAGGAGGGUUACGAGUUCUGCCACAACCGGAAGGUUCUCACUCUGUUCUCGGCCUCCAACUAUUAYGAUGUUGGAAGUAACCGGGGGGCCUACGUGAAGCUGGGUCCRGACCUCGUGCCUUAUGUGAUUCAGUACCAGGCCAGCAGCUUGACCAGAGAGCUCACUGCCAGACAAAGUAUUGGGCGAACUGAGCGCUCCGCCCUGAAAGUCCUGCGGGAGCAGCUGUUUGCGCACAAGUCUGACCUCAUCUGUGCCUUCAAAAAGUUUGACCCCGAGAACACAGGUCUGGUGUCUAUGAACGAUUGGGCCUCGGCGGUGGAGCGUGUGAUGCACCUGAAUCUGCCCUGGAGGACUCUCUUCAGUCAGUUGGUCUCCUCCAAGUCCAACGACGGCAGCAUCGAUUACCAAGACUGGUUCAACGAGCUCGCCAUCAAGGGGCCCAACGCAGACCACAUUGAGCAGAGUCUGCUGGAAACUUUGUACCGCCAUCGCGCCACUCUGGAGACCAUCUUCAGGAUCGUAGACACCGACAACUCAGGCUUGAUUACGGUGGAGGACUUCCGGAAGACGUGGAAGCUCCUGAGCGUCUACCUAAAGAUGGAGAUCACGGACGAGGACAUCUCCAACCUGGCCGUCACCAUCGACAGCAACCACGACGGCAGCAUCGACAUCGACGAGUUCAUGGAGGCCUUCCGGCUGACGGACAAGAAGAGCCGCCUGGAGCGGGGGCGCAGCAUGUUCAUGGUCACCACGACCGACCUGACCAAGCUGGAGGGCGAGCUCAACGUCUGAGCGGGCGGCUGAGGCAAGUGGAGGUGGAGCUGCAGCUGAUGACGCACGUGAAGACGCAGGACGCUGCUGAGAAACAGCUGGGCGGAUCAGGAGGGAUUAGCUGGAGGUCAAAGGUCACGGUGUUUGACAGUGACGCCUCACAGUCGAGUUGUUGAUGGAGGAAGAGCGAGGACAACUACAACCUGUUUCUUUUACUCUUUAAAACUAAGAACAUUUUAUACUAAUUGUAUUUUUACCAAGAUAAAACAUUUUGUGAUGAUAUGACUGGCUUUUUAUAGAUAAAGAAACACCUGCAUCCUGA